AUGGCUCCCCGAUACAAGGACGGAGACGCCGUGGUUGCCAUCAACGGCAAAUGGGUCGCCUGGACUCAUACGGUCUUCGCCUAUGCUGCGUUCCUCAGCGCGUUAGUUGUCGGCAUUGCUUUGCACUACCACAAGAUUGUUCAAAAUGAACAUUACGGUUACCCCAUUGAAUGGUUCCCCUCCGUGUCAGCCACCAUCGGUGACCGAUAUCCCGAACGAUCUUUCUUCCAAGUCUUUAUCGCGAUUACUUCCGGUCCGCGUUUCGCCCUCGUCUUUCUGUGGUACAUCCUUACUUCGCGUCCGAACUCGAGCUUGCCCAAAUUCGUUGCUGGUGUCGGUGUCUUCCGCACCUUGACAUGUGGUGGUUGGACUUAUGUGACAUCUACCGAUGAUCAUGACUGGCAUGACAUUUUCAUGAUCUCGUACUUGGUGGCCACUUUGCCGUGGACUCUGGGCUGUCUUGCUCUCAGCCCUAACAACAGACGUGCAGUCAAGUACCGCAAGAUUAUGGCCAGUUUGUUCUUUGGAACCCUUGUUCCGUUGAUCUACUACUUCAUUCAGCACAAAGUGCACAAGGUUCCUGGUGCCUACACCAAAUACGCCUUCUUCGAGUGGUCCUUGAUUUUGUUUGAUGUUGGGUUUGAUGCUAUUACCGCACUUGACUUCGAGAGCUUCGAAGUCGUGGUGAGGGAUGUCAAGGGUGUUAGCAGAGGGCAAUUGAAAACGACUGCGGAUUCUGUCUUGGAAAAAGAGAAGGGCAAGUUGGUGGGCAACACCUUUGGCGAGGGCUUCUUCUGGACCGAGAUCAUUGAUGCCGCUGCGGACAUUUACAAUGGGUUUGUUUUCUGGACUAUCGUGACCGGUUUGCCUGUUCUUGUCUGGUACUUCCCUCUCUGGCACAUGGGUAUUUCCGGCUACGAAGUUGCCAUUGUUGCCUGCACAUCCCCAUUGCUCUAUUUCAUCCCAUCUCUGCGAUACGCAGCCGCAAAAAACCUACGCCUUCUUCACCUCAUUUCGCUUGUUGGCCUCCUUGGUUACAAGUUCCAUGAUCCUGCCAACCGUCUAUUUGUUACUGGGUUUGCUCUUUCCACUACUUGUGCGGCAUGGACCGCUAGCUUCUUUGCUGAGAGGGCCAACACCCAUCGUCUCGAGGCUCGGGUCAUGGCUUGGGGAAUUGGUCUGGUUAUGUCUGUUGUGGCCAAGUUUGCCUGCAAGACUAACAACCCCCUUUGGCCGAUUAUGCAUGCUGAGAACGGAGGGUGGAACAAGAUCGGUAUCUUCCUCGCUCUGUUCGCUGUCUUGAGAUCCCAGCGAGGAUCCAACACAAGCGGUGGUGAUUAUCUGCCCGCAGGUGGCAAGAAGGGUUCAUCGAUUCUGGCUGGUGUUGGAUUUGGUGGCCUGAUGUUUGCCAUCGUUUCGCUUCUGACCGACUCGAGCACCAUGAUCUCGUGGGUCUGGGAUGGAUACCCCGUGCGAGGACCGAUCGCAGCUCCUCAUGGUGCUUUGACUAUUUUCGCAAUGGGAGCCGGCCUUGUAUACGGUAUCUUCCACCCUGGUGUCGCUGGAAGCUGGACUGCCUUUGGUGUUGGUUCCGUCGGUGCCGCUCUUCUUACUUGCUAUCACCACUGGACCGGAUUCUAUGGUGCCCUCGUUCUUGCGUUUUACAUCAUGGCCGUUGCUCCAGUUUUGAUUAUCUCUAGCGUUCGUCACUCUCCUGCGAGCACAUUUGGCGUUGGCUUUGUCGUCUAUGUCAUCCUUUUGCUCUUCCACGUUUGGAUUGUCGCAUAUGCCUUUGUGCCAGGUGGUCCCUUGCUUCGUGAGCACACUGACUGGCUUAUGACCACCACCAUGCUGACCAUCGGUGCGGGUGUUUUCUCCGCUGCAACCUCGAACUCGACUCGCUCUCGCAAGCCUCACAAGCCUAUCAACCCCAACAGCAGGAGACAGCGAUCGUAUUAUAUCUAUGUUCUUGCUGCACUGCAGCUCCUUUCUGUAUCUGUGGCUUACCUCCGUUUCCCCACCAAUGACUACACUCCUUAUCAUAAAGAGGACAAGGUUGUGACUGCUGGUAUCUGGACUGUCCACUUCGGCCUUGAUAACAACAUGUGGUCCUCAGAGCGUCGCAUGCGCGAUGUCAUUGGCGAGCUUGAGCUGGAUGUCAUCGGUUUCCUCGAGUCCGACAACCAGCGUAUCAUUAUGGGUAACAGGGACGUCACCCAGUUCAUCGCCGAGGACCUUGGCUACUACACUGACUUCGGUCCCGGCCCCAACAAGCACACUUGGGGCUCCGCAUUGCUAUCCAAGUUCCCCAUUGUCAACUCUACCCAUCAUCUCCUCCCCUCCCCUGUGGGUGAGCUAGCACCUGCCAUCCACGCCACCCUCGACAUGUAUGGCGAGAUGGUCGAUGUGGUUGUGUUCCACUCUGGCCAAGAGGAGGACCCCGAGGACCGUCGCUUGCAGAGUGAGUAUCUGUCUAAGCUGAUGGGCGAUUCCCCCCGUCCUUUGAUCUUGUUGAGUUAUCUUGUCACCAAGCCCCUCGAGGGCAACUACAACACCUACGUGAGCGAGCGCAGCCAGAUGAGGGAUAUCGAUCCUAGCGACUGGGAUAGAUGGUGCGAGUACCUUCUGUUCAAGAAGCUUCACCGUACUGGCUAUGCCAGAAUCAGCCGUGAUACCAUUACGGAUACAGAGAUCCAGGUCGGUAAGUUCGUCAUUGGCGAGCCCGCGUCCGAACCCGAGAGCGAGUUGCGUAUCCCAGAGGAGAUGGUCCCAGUCGGCCGCCGCUUCCCUGCCUUGUUCCGCGGCGAGGGAGUGCGCGGACACCGCUAUCACGUCUUCGAUGAGCCCAGGUACUGGCAGUAA